UAACCCGGAAGACUUCUGUUUUGUUUUUUUUUAUCGUCCGGCGACAACAUGCUCCUCAUCUGUGAAAUGUCACAUCCGUGGUCGUAGGCUGUGGAUUUAUGAAGUCGGUUUUAAGCAUCGCUGCUGAAUUGAUCAAAUCCAGAGGAGCUCACAGUUCAGCCGCAGAGAUGUGCAAAGAACUGAAGACCAAAGUGCUGCGUUUGCUGCCGUCGACCUCCAACGGGCCGAUCAUUCCGCAGGAGGGCCACACAGCUGGUGCUGAAAUCCUGACUUGCACGGUGACGGCUCUGAAGGAGGGUCAUGUUGUUGCUGUGCCCACAGACACCAUCUACGGUCUGGCGUGUCUGGCCCAAAAUUCUGAAGCGGUCAGAAAAAUCUAUGACAUAAAAGGCAGAAACGGACAGAAACCGCUGGCAAUUUGUGUGGGAGAAAUUCAAGAUAUUUAUAAAUACUGUAAGGUGAAGGUGAAGGAGGAGCUGCUGGGCGACCUGCUGCCUGGUGCCGUCACUCUGGUGUUCGAAAGGUCUGAAGCGCUCAACGCAGAUCUCAACCCGUUUACUUCACUUGUAGGUGUGCGUAUCCCAGAUCAUGCCUUCAUGAGGCGUCUUUGUCAGAUGUGUGGGGAACCUCUUGCACUUACCAGCGCCAACAUCAGCUCACACACCAGCACUGUGGAAGUACACGAGUUCCAGGAGCUCUGGCCCAACCUGGCCGUGGUGGUGGAUGGUGGACCGAUAGGAGACCAGAGCCGCCUCGGAUCAACGGUGGUCGACCUGUCAGUGCUCAACAAAUAUCGCAUCAUAAGACCUGGCUGUGCCUUUUCUUCUACGGUUGAUGUGCUGGAGCGCAAAUAUGGGCUGUCAGAAGACUCGGGGCAAGAAUGACCUCUGAACUCUCCGCACUCCAAAACACACGCUGAAACGCACAACCAGCUUUGGCCUGGGAGAACUCAGGAAAAGAUAAACACGGGAAUUUGUCUCAAGCAAGAAAGACUAGAACUCAAGAAGGAGUCGAGUCUUAAGCUUUAAGGUCUGGAGUUACUUUUUCUUUGGAUGACUGUAUUUUGUGCUCUACUACGGAUCUUUCAUGGGAUUACGUGGGACUUUAAGGUGUGUAUCAUUUAUUCAGAAACAUCAAACAAGGGAGGUUAUAUAGUAUUCUUAAAGUAAUAAGGCCGAACAGGAAAAAGAGUGUUAAUACUUUCAGUAAUAUGUUUAGAGAGCACUCUUAUUGUCUAAAUGAAUCCCUGUGAGAAAUGGAUGGGAGCCCUGUGUUGUAAUGACAAUAAAUCAGAUUUUGAUUUCAGUCCGACACUA